AUGCCAAAGUCUUGUCGGCAUGGCAACCCGCCGUCGAAACCCUCCGCCAGAGCCUUCUACCUGAUCAAGUUGACGAAGCGCCUCUUCGCGGCCACUGCGCUGCUUAUGGUUCUUCUCAUUGGAAUGAUGGCUCGCUCCUCGGCGCCAAGCAAUCGAAACCGCAACACCCGCGCGCUAACCUACCAAACGACCUGGGUCGACCUUGUCCUCCGCCCGUCCCCGGAAUCAUUUGCAUAUGCAUACACGACUGGACAUGGCUCACCGCGGGGGAGAGCCCUGAGCGCUGAGCAACUGCAAGCUCUUCCGUCGGGAAACCGUUCCCUCUCCGUCGGCGGCGACCGUCGGCUUCGCCUCUUCAUGCUCGCUGAUUCGCCUCACAUCGACCUGUGCAAAUCCAUCAUGUCAGCCGUCGCCGCGGGAUACCCCGCUCCCAUCCUGCUCAACUGGGGUGGCGAGUUUAACCGCCCCAAGUGGCAUCUAGCCGGUAGCCAUGCUGCCGAGGUCGACAGCUUUCUCUCCGUCAUCCAGGACCUCCUCGCCAGGGCCGAGGGCGAAGACGGCGACGUUCACCAGGAUGACCUGGCGGUGCUUGUUGACGCUCACGACGUCUGGUUCCAGCUACCGCCCUCUGCCCUGAUUCAGCGAUACCACCAGCUCAACCUCGAGGCGGAUGCCAGAGUCCACCGUCAGUGGGAGAGCGCCCAGGGACUCGCGGCAGGUUUCCCCGUUGCCCCCCCCAGGCAGUCCAUCGUCACUACGAUGGCCAAGAACUGCCGCCCAAGGAGCGAGUCAAGGCCGCCCUCCCGGUACGGUAAAGGCACCGACAGAGUCCUCGCCAUGCCUUUGCAGCCGGCGCGCGACUACGGAGCCGUCAAGCCGCGGUGCCUCGACAACGGCAUGAUCAUGGGCACCAUGGGCGCUCUCCGCGACGCCCUCACCCGCGCCAAGGCCCAGGCCGGCGCGGCUUCUCACAGGGGCAGACGCAUCUUCCGCGACCAAGCCCUCUUUGGCCAGGUCCUGGCCGACCAGGAGACGUGGCGGGACUGGAUGCGCGGGCUGGGGGCCGCCUGGAACGGCACAGCCUCCGAAAACGACCUGUCCAAGCUGCCGCGACACGUGCGACGCAUCGCCGCAGCGUCCAUGGCGGGCGAGCGGUUCGAGUACGGCAUCGGCCUGGACUACCACUUCGGCACCGUGCCGCGCGCGUUUUCCGCCCACGACGACGGCGCCUUCGUCAAGAUCAACGACAAGGAGGCUCUGAAGGCGGAGUCCGCCCGCGCCGGCGUGCCGCACGGCCAGGUUCGCGUCGACGGCGUGCCUCGCGAGCUUGCGCAGGCCGACGUGGGACCCAAGCAGCUCGACGACACCGUCUGGGGCGACGUGCCGCUCUACACCGACCUGCGCUCGGGCGUGACCCCCGUGGGCAUGCACCACCACCACGACUCCAAGUCGAGGCGCCUGCUGCGCGAGUCGUGGACCAAGAUGUGGUUCUACCCGAAGCUUCGGAACCUCAUCGCCCAGGCGACUCUGCCCAUGAGCGCAACCAGCACCGUCCGCCCGCUGGCCAGGGUACCGGCGGACGGCGGCAUCGGCAGCCGCGAAACCAGGUACUGGGCUCCCAAGUCGAGCCUUGCCAACAAGCUGGUCCAAGUGUUCCAGCCGUUUUCCGUCCACGCCACGUCCGGAGGAUCAUACGGCACGAUGCCAUGGCAGGGCGUGUGCCAGGUCAGGGGGGAGAAGCCCUGGCACCGAGAGAUAUUUGGCGACGCAAAGGGGCCCUGGCAACUGUAA